UAAUAGAAGAUGAACGCCUACCAUUCUAGUCAUGGUGUGCAGCCUGUGAGCAGAAGGGGGAUUUCAGAACAGUUUCUACUUCUGUUGAGAUGGGAAACCAUAUUAACUCUUUUUUUUUUCUCUAGAUUUCAGAAGGAAAAAACACUCAGAAGUAAAUGUUGGGGAAUUGCUCUAGCACCACUGAAUUUUUUCUCUUAGGCUUCCCUGGCUCCCAAGAAGUACGCUGUAUCUUUUUUGCAACCUUCUUCUUCUUGUACGCAGUGACAGUGAUGGGAAACACGGUCAUCAUCGUCACUGUCUGUGUUGAUAAACGUCUGCAGUCCCCCAUGUAUUUUUUCCUGGGUCACCUCUCUGUCCUGGAGAUCCUGAUCACAUCCACCGCUGUCCCUUUUAUGCUCGGGGGGUUGCUGCUUCCAGGCACUCAGAUCAUAUCUUUGACAGCCUGUGCUGCACAGCUAUAUUUAUACCUUUCUUUGGGUACCUCGGAGUUGGCAUUAAUGGGAGUGAUGGCUGUGGACCGUUAUGUGGCUGUGUGUAACCCUUUGAGGUACAACAUCAUUAUGAACAGCAGCACCUGCAGUUGGGUGGUAAUUGUGUCAUGGGUUUUUGGGUUUCUUUCUGAAAUCUGGCCAGUUUAUGCCACUUUUCAGCUUACUUUCUGCAAAUCAAAUGUGUUAGACCAUUUUUACUGUGACCGGGGACAAUUGCUCAAAGUAUCCUGUGAGAACACUCUUUUCACAGAGGUUAUUCUUUUUCUAAUGGCUGUUUUCAUUAUCAUUGGUUCUUUGAUCCCUACAAUUGUCUCCUACACCUACAUCAUCUCCACCAUCCUCAAGAUCCCGUCAGCCUCUGGGCGGAGGAAAUCCUUUUCCACUUGUGCCUCCCACUUCACCUAUGUUGUGAUCGGCUACGGCAGCUGCUUGUUUCUCUACGUGAAACCCAAACAAACGCAGGCAGCCGAGUAUAACAGGGUAGCGUCACUGCUGGUUUUAGUGGUGACCCCUUUUCUGAACCCUUUCAUCUUCACCCUGAGGAAUGACAAAUUCAUACAGGCCUUUGGAGAUGGCAUGAAACGCUGCUAUCAACUCCUUAAAAAUUGA